CUUGACCCUUAUCUUGGCAGCCAGCUGCAAGGGGAUUAUCCGGGAGCUCAGCUAUGCAGCUGCAAACACUCCUGCACUGGCUGGACUGCCUGUAAGGUCUCUUGUAAAGCCAGCAAGAAAUCAAGGAUUGAACUACUCUGAGCUCUUGUAGGACACCGAAUUUACCCAGCUUUGGAAACUCAUCCUCAGAACAAGCCAACAAAAGACCUGGGCUGUGGUGUCAGUCCUAGAGUGUGUGGUGUCUACUUGCCUGAACCCCACCUUAUCCAGUUUCACCAGGGGGGUGUUUGCUGCUCAAGAUGAAGAGUGGAAUUCUCUUCUUGUCCCUCCUUGGCUUCCUCCCUCUUGUGACACCUACAUGCCCUGUGCCAUGCAAGUGUGCCACCAGUAUUAUCGACUGCACAUCAAAAGGCCUGACUGUAGCAAAACUACCAGCUGCUUUCCGUCCUUCAGCUGAAAUUAUCCACCUUGGUUACAACAGGCUCACCUCUAUUCCCAGUGGGCUCUUUGACAACCUGAAGAGCCUCCAGGUAGUCUACCUGCAGGGCAACCCUUGGGAAUGCAACUGUGACAUCCUCUACUUGCGCUCGUGGCUCCAGUGGCAGCAGAACCGAACCUUAUACAGGGAUGUGAGAUGCAGCUCCCCAGCUCACCUGCAGGACCGGGUCAUUGCCUACCUGACAGAAGAUGAGAUCAUCUCCACAUGCCAGUACUGGUAUUGCAACCUGGCUCUCCUCUCUCAGCUAUGCCUCUUCAUCCUCCUUUUCCUCCAGGGUAUCUUGGUUAUCUUCAUCAUUGUCUACUUGCAGAAAUUUCGGAGAAUGACUGCUGAAGUCCGCAGUGCCACCCGAGAUCUAGACCUGCAAGCAGACACUUGGGUAUCUUCUUCAAGAAGCCCCUACAACGGUGAUUAACGUCACAAGACUGAAGACCCUCCUUCCCCUUGGGUGAUGCUGUGAUAUGUGGUUUGUGAUAUCCAGAGGGGGCAAUUUAGUGCAGCAUCUGAUCCUGACUGCAGUGCAAAGCAGAAAUUGAACUGAUCAGACACUUGCUGUAUUUCCAAAGACCUGAUCCUUGUGAUUUUUAUUGCUUUAAACUUCUAUUGCUUUGCUGAGCUGGGCAUGGUUCUGGUUUGGUAGACUAAGGAAACCAUAAACUACA